GUCUAAAUGAAAAAUUGAAGUUUAAUAAAAAAAAUUUGAAAAGUGUUUUUAAAAGAUGUGUAAGUUAAUUAAACUAAAUGAACAGUUUAAAAAAGAGUAAAAAGAAAAGAAAUAUACUCACGAUGUCAGUAGUCUUUUGGACAAUAAAGAUAACGGAAUUAAAUCUUCUUCGUCGUCCGUAAAGGCUGAAUCGAUAGCUUUUUUUACUUCGAAUGCUUGAUUGUUCGUUUUUGAUGCUUCGUUCGUCAUUUUUUUCGACUUCUUUCAAAAUUACGAUCGUUGGUGUGACAGUUUGUGAAUUCGGGAGUUGGUUAAGUGGUUUUAUAAAUGAUUGACAUAUUACGCAACGAUGUUAAAUGUGGAGCUUUACUAUUGGCUAAUAUUUUAAAUCUUAAAAUGUCAUUCAUAUGAUUGGUUAUUGAGAAGCGUCUAUUGUUUAAAGUCAAAUAAGAAAAAAACUUCAAAUUUAUAAAAAACUUCAAGUUUUUUAUUUGAAGUUGUUCGAAGGAACUUCAAAUUUUGGUUUUUCAAAAAACUUUAAUUUUUAAAUAAGGAAUAACUUAGAUUUUUUUUUUAGCUUUGAAUAUGAAAAAACUUCAAAUUUUUUUUGUUCAGUAAUAAUGACGUCUCUUUUUUAAAGAUAGUUUGAAAUUAGCAUACAAUACUUCGAUCUAGCUAUAAAAGCGAGAGCUUUUUUCAAUUCAGUCAGAGCGUCUUGGGCCAGAGCAAAGGUUCAUAAGAGAUAAAGAGAUUGGUUCAUCAUACAAGGUACUUUUACGAAUAUGGUUUUUUGUAAAAUAUGUUCGUUAGAAUUUCCUGAUAAUAAGUCUUAUGAUAUACAUGUUAAAGAGAAGCACUUUUCUUGUGAUUUAUGUUCUAGUGUUUUAAAAACACAGAAUACGUUGACGAAGCAUAAGAGAUUAUACCAUGAGAGGAAUUUUCAUUGUCGUUAUUGUGACGAAUCUUUUCCGACUGUUCGUUCUUUGACUUUACAUCGAACAAUUUAUCACGAAAACAACGAGGAACAUGUUUGUGAUAUUUGCGGUAAAGUUUUUCGUAAGAUUGGUAGUUUAAGAAAGCACAAGACACAAGUUCAUACUAAUCCACUUCAAUGCGAUUUAUGUCAGUGUGAAUUUAGAUCAAAAUACAAACUUCGUAGCCAUAUAGCGAAAGAACAUUCGGAGAAUUGUUGUAAUUUUUGCGGUUAUGGUUUUUUGCGAAAGAAGGAUUUGUUUCUUCAUCAAGAAAGACAUUGUAAACAAUCUUUUAAAUGCGAACAUUGUCCGUUGGAGUUUAGUUCUUUGAUGUUGUGUAACAAACACAUGCUUAAAAAUCACGGUCGUUUGGGAUUCCAAAUAGAAGCGGUUCCUACACAAUGUUCUGUUCGAAAGUUCGUAAAUAGAUUAAAGUAUUUAUAUGCACCUUGGAGAGAAGACAUAAAUGCAAUUCAUGAGGAGCAUUUUUUUUUAAAUGCUGUAAAUAAAGAAGUUAAAUUAAUGGAAUUGUAUGAUACGAGUGGUGAUUUAUUGGGUGAAGGGAAGGCGUCUAGUUCUAAACAUAACGAAGAAAAAGGGCAGGAAGAUAUAUUAACGAACGCUGUCAAAAAGGUACGAUCGGUAUGGCGAGAUAUGGUAAAACAUGCUUAUUUAGACAAUGCAUCGGAAAUUAUGUUACAUUCUCAUAAAUCAGAAAACGGAGACAUAAUAAAAAUAAAUAUUCCUUAUGUUGAAAACGUUCAGUUUAGGCAGUUUUUGGAAAAUUUGAUACAUGAUGUAUAUAACGCAGCCGUACAUCAACUACCUUACAAAAUGGGAAUUGCGUUCGGUUUUAUGCUUUUGGAUACAGAAAAAACGACUGUAAGACAUUGGUAUGUUGAUGAACAUUUAACUAGAACACCGCAAAAUAAAGAUAUUCUUCAUCAAGUUCCGAAUCUUUUCGUUAUAAAAAACAAAAAUGACGCAGAUUCUGUUAUCGAAGAUUUAUAUAAACAAAACUAUUUCGACUUGGUUCGGAGAAUGUUUUAUUCGUAUCGAGUGCAUAUUUUACGAAUAACAAAUAUGAAAAUAUCAAUAUUUAAAAUGAACGACGACAAAAUGGACGAUUUGGGAGGUCGGAGUAGCGAAGACGAGAGUUCGGAUGAUGAAGAUGAUGACGAAGAUUUCGAAGAUGAAAGCGAUAUCGAAAAGAAUGAUUUUCUUUUAUUAGAAGCUGAAGAUGAGGAUGAUGGUGACGAUUUAGACGAAAACGAAAGCGAUUGUGAUGUUCAAGAAAAUGUUGAAAAAUCAGAUUUUAAAGAUUCUGAAACAGAAAAGGAUUUAACAAAAAUACGUUCUUUUUUAAAAGCGGGAUUAAGAACAAACAAAAUAUUUAAAGGAUUAAAAAGGGACCUGCAAAGAAAUGUUGGUGGAGUCGUAAAUGAUAAUAAAUGUUUUUUUCAGGAUGAUAGCUGUUUCAUUACUAUUAGUUGAUAAGGAAAUAAAAUUGGAGAAUUUGAUAAUGCGGAAAGGCGAAAAUACUCAUAUAAAAACGGCUGAACUAUUUAGGAUGUAUGCUGAAGUGUACAAGCUUACUCCAGAACAAAUAUUAACUUUCCAAGGUGUAUCUGUUAAAGUCAUGCCUGCUAUGGAGUUUUUGUUUAAGUGUAAGAUCAUGGUUUUUAUUCCUAAGGUUUCGAAAGGUAGAGUGAAAAUGGCUUUUUUGUCAAAAUCUUCGAACAGACUUAUUUUCGAGAAGAAAAUGAAUAUUAACUUGAUUUUGUUUAAUCAGCAUUAUUAUUUGGUUAUUAAGAAAAGACUUUUGAUGGACAAUAUUAGUUGUCUGGUAUGCGGACAGAAUUUUACGUGGAUGAAAAGUUUGUUACGACAUAGAGCUGGAAGCGGCAAAAAAAUAACACGUUGCAAUACUGAUGUAACCCUUAUUAGCGCUACUGGAGUUGUUGAUGUUCAUGAACUUUUUCCUGAAAUGUUGAAAAAAAUGUUUCAUUUGCCGGAUGAACUAUUAAAAGAUAUUGUAAAAGACGAGAAUAACGACAUUGAUAACAAUGAAAAUAAUAAUAACAUGUAUUUUAAAAGAAAUAUGGUUUGUUACGAUUUUGAGAGUUUGCUUAAAAGAACGACUUUGAGUGAAUUAAAAAAUCGGAGAUUAAAGAGUAUAAGAGACGGCUUUUUUGAUGAAACUGAAGAAAACGAAAGAUUAAAAAAGGAAGCUGAAGAACAUUUUUUGACAGAGAGAGAAGUUAUGCAAGAAUUGUACGACGAGGAGUUUGUUUUUUCUGAUGACGGCGAAUCUAUAAUUUCUUCGCAACAGUUCAAAGAGAACUCCGCUGAUUUGACUAUAGAUGGGGAGGAAUACGUGUUUGAAAAUAUACCUUUGUCGUACGCAAUAUGCAGCAAUUUGACAACAGAGCAUAUUGAUCAUUUACAACCAGAUGAAAAUGGUUAUUCUACUGUAUUUCGCAUAUCUGAAAAUCCGACAGAAUUGAUAAAUUUUUUCGUCGAUGAUCUGGAAGAAUUGGUGAAAUUAAAUAAAGAAAUGGAAUUUUGUAGAUAUAGAGAAAUUAUUUUAUAUAUAAAGAGAUAUUUUGCCGAAAGAAAGAUACUUAUUAAAUUUACUACUAAGGAGCUAAAUUAUCUCCACAAUGAUGACUUUAUAAGCGCGAUUGACGAUGAGGAGGAAGAAGGUGAGGGGAGUUUUUUUAACGGAUUUGUAAGUGUGAGCUCUACUUUAAAAGAAAAAAAUAUGUCGGAUGAUGAUUUGGUUACAAUGUCGAAAGAAAUGGAAAUAAUGGAAAAGAUCGGUAAAGAUCCAAUGACGUUGAUUGAAU